UAUGCUAUGCAGUAUGCAAUGUGUUUGAUAUUUGAUUUGAUUGAGUUACAGGAUGAUGUCUUGGUUUCUUUUAUGGGUAUUGCACGUGAUGAACUUGAUAAAACACCAAAUGAGAUCUCUUUUGAGAAGCUUCAGGACACAGGUUUUUUGUUAAAGAGAUUGAGCAUUCUGAAAGAUCUUCAAACAUGUGGUGAGACAAUUUCAAAGCCUGAUGUUGUAGAAGAGCCCUUGAUCACUGGUAUGGAAACCUUCUCUGUUAAUUACAAGGUUCAAUGGGAAUUAUCCCUUGUGAUAUCAAGAAAAGCUCUGACAAAAUACCAAUUAAUUUUUUGAUUUCUGUUUCCCUGCAAACAUGUGCAUAGGCUACUUUGUGCAGCUUGGCAACUACAUCAAGGUGCACGUGCACGUGAUAUGCACGGAACUGCAAUAUCUUCAUCAUCAAUACUAUGCAUGAAUAUGCUUAAAUUUAUAAAUAGCCUUUUACGCUAUCUAAUAUUUGAGGUAAAAAUAACCAUGUUCUUAAGUUUAUAAAUAACAAUGUACUUACAUUUUCUUUCCGACAAUAACAAUAUAUAACCUGUAGUUUGUAUGUAAGAUGCUUACAAAUUUUAUGUUAUUGCUAUUAAUUAUUAUCAGUAAAAA